AUGGAUAUACGGCCAUUGAAGAAACAAAAAGUCCAAACAGAUAGUUAUCAACAUACUAUUAAUCGAGAAGUGUUAAAUUUCGAUUUUGAAAAAGUUUGUCUGGUAACAUUAUCUCAUAAUAAUGUUUAUUGUUGUUUAGUAUGUGGGAAAUAUUUUCAAGGUCGAUCCAUAUCAUCACCAGCUUAUAACCAUACUAUUAAUAUUGAUCAUCAUAUCUUUCUUAAUCUCAAGAGUCAGAAGUUUUAUAUCUUACCUGAAAAUCAAGAAAUUGAUGGGAUUCAAGAUAUUAAAGAUUUAUUAGAUCCAAAGUAUACUAAAGAUGAUGUUAAUAAUCUUCCUGAAACAGCUUUAGAUCUUCAUAAGAAAUCAUAUUAUGUGGGUUAUACAGGGCUUGAUAAUAUCUCCAAUAAUGAUUAUGAAAACGUUAUAAUACAAGCGUUAAGCCAUAUAAGGCCGAUACGAGAUUUUUAUUUAAGAUUAAGUUAUCGAGAUAAAUUACAUGAUCAAAUUCAACGGAAAUCAAUUUUGAAUGAUCGAUUCGGGAUAUUAAUAAGGAAAUUAUGGUCGAUUCAUUUAUACCGAAAUCAUGUUUCACCUCAUGAAUUGUUACAAUAUGUAUCGGAAGUAUCAAAAAGUCAAUUUUCUUUAACGGUUCAGAAAUCUCCUAAGAAGUUUUUAAUUUGGUUAUUAAAUGGCUUGCAUUCUCAAUUGGUGAAGUAUACUAAGUCAACUGUGAUAAGCGAGUCAUUACAAGGAGCAUUGGAGAUUACCAGUUUUGAUGGUGAUGGUGUUCAAGUCAAAUCUACAACGACUCUGAAAUUCUGGGUGAUUACGGUGGAUUUACCACCCGCUCCAUUAUUUGUGGGAGAAACGAUUCAAGAAGUUCAAUUAUCAUCAUUAUUAGCUAAAUAUAAUGGUGAAACUAAAGUUCAUAUUUCAAAGGAUGAAUUGCGAUCGUAUAAAUUAGUCGAACCUUUACCUCCCUAUUUAAUCAUUCAUAUAGAUAGAGGAUUAGAAAAAGAGGAUGUUAAAAAGGGAAACCCCACUGUGGUUCAAUUCCAAGAUGUGAUAGAUUUCGCUCCAUUUGUGACUCAAGAAAAGCCAACUCCAAUAAACUAUCGAUUAUUAUCUACUAUAAAACAUGAUCUGAUCACAGGGGAUGAAAUUGAUGAGAGUGAUAUUAAAAGUGAAUGGAGUAUAAAUGUUCGUAAGAAGGUAGAUGAUACAUGGUUUACAAUUAAAGAUUCGGAAGUUAAACCUUGUCAAGGAGAAUUAUUAUUCCUAGAUGAAAACUAUAUACAAAUAUGGGAAAAGGUAGAAUAA